AAAGUGAAUAAAAAACGAAAAUUUUUGAAUUUGUUUAAAUUGCAAAAUAUAAAUAAAUGUGUGUUGAGUUUCGGUUGUGCGAAUUGCAUUUGGCAAAGUUCGGUCGAGUCAUCAGUUCGUCGACAGCUCUCGAACCCAUCGAACGUGUUAAAUAAAUCGGAAUUCAAAUAAAGUGUGUGUUUAAACCGAAUCCGCUGCAGCUACAUCGAGUGCCGAAAGCCAGCUGGAGUCGUGUUUAUGCCGUCGCAACCCUUUUGAACCAAUUAACGAAAUGGCCAAUGAAUAACGAAACAAAGUGUGCGGAAAAUAAUUUAAAACAAUUAGUUUUAACUGCGAUCUGUGAGUGCAUCUGACGACGCUUGACUCCUUUCUUUUGUUGUGACAACAUAAAAAAGCAUAACAGACAGCAAAGCACAACGAAAAAUGUCUCAACUAAGGGACAUUUGAAUUGAAAUAAAAAACAACAAAGCAAAAAAAAGAAAAGUACGAAAUCCACUCUAAGUGCUGUUAACGGAAUCAGCUUUUAGGUUGGGCCACAACUUUUCCGACGUUUUCUUUUCGAGCGCAUUGAAAUGCAACAUUUAUUUGGCACCAACAAUUCGCGAGCUCUUUGGCCAAGGACAUUUGGGUAUCCUUACACCUUCACUUUGCGUUAAUCAUCUUCAAAAGUUGUGGCGUCGUCGUGUAUUAACGUUUUCAUUUCGAUUUUGAAUUUACUACUAAAAAAAAGCGGAAAACGAAUACAAACAAAUUCGUGUGUGUAUGUGUGAUUAAAAAUUAAACGAAAUAAUAAUCUAAAUAUAAAUCGUCGUGUAAACAAAAUAUAAAUAAAAUAUUUAUCAAAAUGGCAAUGGAAUGGAUAACAGCCAUGGACAAGCGUCCUUGUGAUCGGAAUUUACGUGAUGUGGAACUAAUAUCCUGUCGGUUGCGUCGCGUGGAGCCGUUGUGUCGCCUGCCAGGGUCAGCCUUGCAGCAGCUGGCCAUGUGCGGUUUCUACGAGGACUUGGAGAAGGGCGUCACACUGUUUCGCGCCGGGGAACAAGGACGCUUCUGGUAUGCGGUGUUGGGUGGCUCUCUGGAGGUGCGCUACCACGCGCAUAGCGAUGCCGAUGGCAAGAGCUCCGUCACUUUGUGUAAUCUUGGCGUGGGCGCCACAUUUGGCGAAUCAAUACUACACGACCUGCCACGCGACAGCACCGUGGUAACGAAGACAACCUGCGAGCUGCUGCGCGUCGAACAGCAGGACUUUCGACUCAUCUGGGAGAAAAACAAGGAGUUGAUGAAUGACAUUAUCACCAAUUGCAAAAUUAAAAACGGUUUUGGUCCUGGCGUACAGCCCGCAGCAGCCACAUCGCCAACAAAACGCCCACUCAGCCCGGAUCAUCCCAAUCCUGCGCUGCCCAUAACCGAGACGCCGAGUCCUGCUAUGAACCGCAUGGGCUGGGCGCUGCGAACAUUAUUGGUAGUCGAUAACUCAAGCUGUUUGAAGGAUCGCAAGGUUUCGGGAAAAUUAAUACGCAAGUGUGCACCCGGCACUGAACUCGUCGAUUGGCUGGUCAACUUAGCCCCCAUUGUCCACACACGCGCCCAAGCGGCGGGCAUGUGGCAAGCUCUCCUCGAGGAAGGUGUACUGACACAUGUGAACAAGGAGCAACCGUUCAAGGAUAAAUGCUUUCUGUAUCGAUUUCGCUUGGAUGAGGAAGGCGGCGCACCAGCAGCCGGCAUACCACAAGCUGAGGAUCUCAGUGCAGCUAAUGAGCAUAUACGUGAGGCAUUGAGUGCACUCUUUCAACGCGGCCCCGAUGCCACAUUGCGUAUGAUAUUGCGCAAGCCCUCACAUGAACGCACACCCGAGGAAUUGGAACUGGUAUUUGAGGAACUUGUGCAUAUAGCUGCCCUCUCGCAUCUGUCGACCAGCAUUAAGCGAGAGUUAUCCUCGAUAAUUGUAUUCGAAGCUCACGCUCAGGCGGGCACCAUAUUAUUCAAUCAAGGCGACGAAGGACGCUCCUGGUAUAUAUUACUCAAAGGCUCCGUGGAUGUUGUGAUACAUGGCAAAGGGACAGUUGCCACUCUGAAGACUGGCGAUGAUUUUGGCAAAUUGGCUUUGAUAAACGACGCACCCAGAGCUGCCACAAUCGUUUUGAAGGAGAACAAUUGUCAUCUGCUGCGCGUGGACAAGGAGCACUUUAAUCGCAUUCUGCGGGAUGUGGAGGCCAACACACUAAGAUUGCAGGAGCACGGCAAGGAUGUUUUAGUGCUCGAGCGUGUGGCCAAACAGCGUGGACAACAUUCCGCAUUCAAAUAUACCGUGAUGUCGGGCACACCAGCCAAAAUGCUGGAACAUUUGCUUGAGACACGUCUGGGACAGUCGGUCAGCGGCAUGGAUCCAUUUCUCGAUGACUUUCUGCUCACGCAUAUUGUGUUUAUGCCCGUCGUGCAGCUCGUCGACGAACUGGCCAACUACUUUCAUUGUGAUGCCCACGAAGAGGCGCAAACCCCGGAGGAUCGGGAGUACAUCAUUAACUUCAAGAAGCGCGUCAUCCAAUUCAUGCAAAAAUGGGUGAUGGCCGUGCGACAUGCCGCCUUCGAGGAGCCAAGCGUUUGCGAUUUCAUCGAAGAUCUCGCUGCCGAGGUGGAAGCGGAUCCCGAUCUGAAUGAGGAGACGAGCAUCAUACACAAUGUGCUAACGCAGAUGGCACGCUAUCAGGAGGAUCGCAAUCAGAAUGCCGGGCAAAAGUGGAAAUUGCCAACGAAUGGACAGCCAAUUUGUCUAUUUAGUGGCAAUGCGACGCCCUCAAAGACGGUUAUACGACCCGAUGAUGAUAUCAUUUUCCGUGUGUAUUGCGCCGACCACACAUAUUGCACUCUGCGCUUCCCCAUGCACACAACGGCGGAGUUAAUCAAGGCAUGUGCCGCCGACAAGUUGCAAUUGAAUCGUGGACCCGAUGACUUGUGCCUCGUCGAGGUCAAAUCGAAUGGCGAACGUUCCGUGUUCAAGGAUAACGAUGUUAGCAUACCCACGGGCCUCACGCUCAAUGGCCGUUUGUUUGUCUCCGUCAAGGAUCAUCUGGAUGCUUUGACACAGCUGCCGGAGCAGGAGUGCCCCACUGAGGGUGUCGACAUCGAUUUGGAAAUCUUGAGCACCAAAGAGCUUGCCUAUCACAUCACAAUCUUUGAGUGGGAUUUAUUCUGGGCAGUCCACGAGUACGAGCUACUCUAUCACACCUUUGGGCGACAUCACUUUGGCAAGAUUACUGCCAAUUUGGAUGUAUUUCUGCGUCGCUUCAAUGAGGUUCAGUACUGGAUUGUCACCGAGCUCGUCUCGACCCAAAGUCUGAGUAAGCGUGUGGGUCUCGUACGGAAAUUUAUCAAGCUGGCCGCUUACUGCAAGGAGUAUCAGAAUCUGAAUGCCUUCUUUGCCAUCGUUAUGGGACUCUCGAAUAUGGCCGUAACACGGCUGCAUCAGACCUGGGAGAAGAUUCCAUCGAAGUUUCGCAAAAUCUUUCAGGAAUUUGAGGCUCUCAUCGAUCCCAGUCGCAAUCAUCGAGCGUAUCGCGUGUUUGUCGGCAAAUUACAACCGCCGCUGAUACCCUUCAUGCCAUUGCUGCUCAAGGACAUGACCUUUGCGCAUGAGGGCAACAAGACGAGUCUCGAUGGUCUGGUCAACUUUGAGAAAAUGCACAUGAUGGCACAAACAAUGCGCACCAUUCGCUUUUGUCGCUCACGAAGUUUGGGUCUGGAGCCACCAUCCCCGAAGAGCGAGGGCGAAGUGCGUUCGUACAUCAGCAGCUUUCGUGUGAUUGACAAUCAGCGCGUGUUAACCGCCAUGUCCCAGAAGGUGGAGCCGACCAGGAAGCUAAACUAAAUGAGCGACAGACAGCCAACCAGCGAGUUGUCGCUUGCUUAACGUAGUUCUAAUUUGUAAUUAGCGCGUAUUUAGUGUCUAUGAUAAAAGAGUAUUUAAUGGGUUAAUAGUGACCCCUUUAACCCUUACAAACGUAAUAAGAAAUCAUAGAGGAAAAAAGUUACAGAAAGUGAAACAUCGUAUAAAUAUUAUGUUAAACUGCAAUUAACUGCACAGUUAUGAGCUUAGCUGAGUUGUUUUUAGCUGCCCCCGAUGCAUGCUACCAACCAGUGCAUUCUAAGAAACUAAGCGCCGAAUACCCCGCAGAGAUUUAAUAAGCUAACUUUAUUAUAUCAUAUUAGCCAGAACCUAAGUAAUAUCUAUGUAAGCUUAGUAAAACUACAAAAACAGAAAGAAGCAACUAUCUCAAAUUUUUUCAAAUGAACUGAAACUGCAUUUCUACUGCAGCCAAAAAUCCUGUUAAACUUUUUGAUUUAGUACAAAACAAAAGGUUGGCUUUUGGGCAAAAAUAAAGCUGGGUAAAGUGAAUUCCCAAAACUAAAUGAACAAAACAAAUAAAACAAAACAAAGCAAAACAAAAACAACAAAUGGGCGUGUGUGAUACUAAACAUUUAGAGAAAGCAACAGAAAAUGCAACAAAAACAACCACUUCAACACCAACAACAACAACAGCAAUGUGUACUAAACAAUUUCCUGUAACUUUACUGCGAAACAUUUGUUAAAUAACCAAGUCAUGGCUAUGCUCUAAAAAGAGAAUGUAAUGAAACAAAAAGUGUAAUUUAUUUUUAUAAAAAAAAACAAGAAAAACAAAAAUCAAAGAAACAAACUAAAUAUAUAAAACGAAUAACUGACAAAGCGAUUAACAAACAAAUAUAAUCAAAUCGAUUUAGAGCUAGUUGUUAAUACAUAAGUUAUAACUAGUCGUAAGCCAUUUAUUUAAAUUGCGUUUUGUUUUCACAUUUUUAAUUCAUAAAUAAAAUACACCCACACACAUGCAAACAACAUACAUUAUAUAUAGUGAAAUAUUCUCUUGAGUUGUUUUAUUUUUGAUUUUGUAAACUAAAAACGAAAUAAGAUGCAUUAUUAAAUAUUAAUGAACAACAAAACACUGGAGAGGGACCUUAUUAGUUUGUAGAAUGUGUACAAAAUGUGGCAUCAUUCAGUUGUACAUACGAGAGUAUAUUUGAAUAGAAAUUACUUUAAAACACAACCUAAAUAUAUAGGUGCGACUUUUAUGGGGCCUGCCAAUCAACGUAGCACAUCUUAUCUUUCGUUGAUGUCUCUUCGCGAGGUCUUAUAAAGAGCAACACCUGAUAACAAAAAAAAAAAGAAACAAAAAUUAUAAUAAAAAUGAGAAAAUUAAAAAUAGUAAUCGUAUAAUUAUAGUUAUGUAUUCUAGACAACGUAGUUUCCUAAACUUAUCCAACUCCUCUCCCAACAAAGGUCUCUCAAACAACGACAUUACCACUUAGACAAGAACCACUUUGUAGAAUAACUAACCAAACAUCAUAAAGCACCAAUCCACAAAAGCAUACUUAAUAUAAUCGUCUGUAUUUCUUCACUGGCUAUCUUCAGCACUUAAUAGACCAUUCAUAGGUUUCCCCCAAAACAACAGCAAAUAUAAAGCAGACGAACGAAUUUUGAAAAGGAACUUUUAUAUAUGCAAAAAAAAAUAAUAAUAAUACAAAGUAUGAAACGAUUGUUUAAUUUAUUAAGUACUCGUAAUUGAUCAAUUUUGAAUUGAUUUACAUACAACGCAAGACACCAAUUUUUUAGAUCGAGUUACCAGAUUGUAAGAACAUUUAAAGCCUUUAAUUACUUUAUCUACCAAAUAAAUAUUUAAAGAAACCCAAGACAAAUGGAAAAUUUCCGCCAGAGUCGUCCAUUUAGUAAUUCAAACUAAUAAGAAUUGAUACAAUUUUUCCCAUGGCAAGAGAACUCUUCUAUAUGUAGACUAAAUGUUAAUUUAGAUGUAGACCAAGGUGUUGCAACGGGAUUAUAGCAUAAUACUAUACUUGCCCACAAUGAAAAUAUUUUAGCUCUACUUAGCAUAAGAAAACGUUUCCAAACAUUUUGUGUCAAAUAUUUAGAUAUACGACUCUCUAUAAAUAUAAUAUACGAAAUAUGAUAUAUAAAUAUAUAUAUAUAUAUAUUUUGUAGCAUUUCUAUGUUGGAAUCUUAUAUACAAGUCUUUGAAAGAAAGUACCAUUAUAUACAUACAUAGAUAAAGUACUAAAAUUACGCUAAAAAGAACAAAAAAAAUUUCCAAUUUUAAAUUGUGAUUCGAUUUGACAAUCUUCAUAGAAUCUCUACAACAUUUGAUUUUUUUCCACAUUUACAAUUCUUUCAAUAUUGGUUUCGGAACUUUGCAUAAAUCGAGUAGAGAGUAAAAGAGAUCAAAGCUAUAGCUAUACGUAAUAUACCUCCGUUUAACCACACACCAGGCACAAAGCAAAACGAAAUAAAGAGAAAUCGAUAAUAUUCAGUAAAAUCGCAAUAAAUGUUCAAAACCAUCUAACUAAAUGUUCAAAUCAAUGUUUACAUGUCUAACGAAAACAAUCUUGCAAAUUUUACUUGUAUCUCGUAAAGCUUACCCAAAAAUAAAAAUAAAAACAAAAAACAAAAAAAAACCAAAGACAAACACAAAUUUAUGAUGAUAGUAAUAAUAG